AUGGCACUCCGAGGCUCCCCUCUUGUGUUCAUCCUCGUUCUCUUCGUUGCAGUCGCCUUCCUCGAACACUGCACCGAGGCUCGACAUCACCCUCACCGGCCAUCGAAGCCUCACCAUCCUUCAGACACCCUGCCUUCGAGCACAACGCCAACUAUCCCCACUGCUCUGCCUCCGGGUGCAAUCCCCAUCGUCCCUGCAGUUCCCACUACUCCAACGAUAGGUGGUGGUGGUGGUGGCUCCUCGUUCCCUCAGAUUCCCGGGAUACCAUCGAUACCAUCAAUUCCAAGGAUGCCAUCGAACCCAUCAAUUCCAACGAUUCCGACGAUCCCCACAAUCCCAACGAUUCCAUCCAUUCCGACCAUCCCAACGGUCCCCUCCAUUCCGCCACCUCCCUGA